GCUUAAAGCUUCAUUAUCUCUCCUAAUAAAAAACACCUACAUGCUCUUGAGUACAAAGCAAGUUUGAGAGACAUUUUGUUUCCAAAAGGAAGUUUCUCAGUAGUGUUAUGAAAGUGCAAAAAGAUAAGUUCAUCAGGUUAUUUGUUGAUCAGUUUUGCUAUGAACAUAACAUGUACUUUUGCUGACUGCUCCAGUAUAUGAUGAUUAUGUCCCACUGGAAGCAGCAGUUCAGACUGGAGAAGAAAGUGAUUUGGCAAAAAAUUGUAUUGUUUCCGGAUUGUGUUGACCAGGAAAUACCAUUUUUAUUGUUCUCUUGUAGCCUUAACAGUCUUCUUAUAAGGUAUACGAAGAAAAUUUGACCAGUUGAUGGCAUGUGCAAGUUAAUAACCUCUCUUAGUUUCUCAAUCCACCAAACCACUCUUUUUCUUCAAUAAUUAUAUACCAAUUUUAUAAACAUAAGGCAUGUUGUUGGGAUGAUGAUGCCAAGGUAACUGCAACAAAAUUGAUGAGUGUCUGGAUAGAAAAAUUGAAUUUAUACCUGGUGCUACCUUUUUCUGGUUAUUUUGGAUUUAUUUGGUUGCCCUUCAUAUGUUUAGAUGUUUUAAAUACCCUAAGAGUAUCUGAAUUUAUUUUAUCCAGGGUAUAGGUUUGUAUUCCUCCAGUAAAAAUGUGCUAAAAGCCUGUUGCCUAUUUUUCUUUAAUUUCAUGGAGAACGAUAGGCUAGCCACUGAGAACAUUUAUUCUUCAGACCUCAGUGACAAGUUUUACGGUUUUUCUUAAUUGCCAGUUUUCAACUUUUUAAAGUCUAUGAACAUUUGGUAUUUCCUUAAGAAAAGUUUUUGGAAAGCUUCCCCCCAUCCCACACCCCAGUUAUAUUUGCCUUAUUUUAAAAUUUGUUUUUAUAUGUUAUUUAAGAUUUAGUAAAAAUAUAGUGUUCUAAAUUGUAAAAGUCACUUUCAGUGCAUUUUUUUGUCUUAUCACAAUGAAGGCCAGCCGAUGUACAUAAAAAGAUGUUUGUUCUCUAUACUGGGGUUUGACAACAGAUAUGAGAACGGUUGCCAUCUUGGCCAGCUUUGGCAUAGGCACACCGUGUUUUCCUACCAGUCAGUCAGAUAAGUUGGAGGGAUAAAAGUCUGUGUGGGGGGUGGGGGGCGUUACAUUUCUCUGAAAGUUCUCAUAUUGAGGCCUCUGUUAGCUUAUCAUGAGAAGGUGCUUGGUUAGAGUUUUUGAAGGUGGUUAUAACCUCUGAAGGAAGUCUUUAUAGUCUGGGAAGUUACUUUAUUUCUAUUUAAAGAAUAAGAUCUUUAUAAUCUUAUUUAGUUAUUAUAUGUUCACAUAGGAGAGAAACAUUUUCAACUGUAGAAUUUGUGCUGAGGAAAUACAAAUGGCAGUAAUAUCAAACACCAUGUUAAGUGGUAUUUAGCCCCAAAGAAAAGGUAAAUGUCGGAAUUGCUUUAAUAUUUCAGAUCGCAAUAACAUUAAUGAAAUCCCUGUAUUUGUACUGAGUGGUAACAACCAUUGUUAAAUAUUUUUCCAAUUACUUGAGAACCUUCUGUAUUUGGUUGCUGAAAUGUUGCCAUGGUCACAUUCCGUGUUGGGUAUGGAGUGGUGAACUGUGGAACCAGUGGCAACCAAGGACGCCCAGGCUUGAAACUAGGCUGUCUCAGUCUGCAGUGUGUUGAAGCUACACUCGACAUGGAACAGAGGGUUCUGAAGAAACUGGUGAAAUCCAUCAGUAGUACGGUCGAGAGCUUCAAAAAAAGUGAAAUAGAGUGUCUCAUAAGAAUUUUUCACAGCUUGGUGAAAAGAGCUGAUGUAAGACUUGAUAACACUGGACUGGAUCGUAAUGCAUUUCAAGCAAUCCUGCACAGCGUGUUUGGAAUGACUGAUAAUAUGCUAAUGAAUAGGGUAUUUUUUGCAUUUGACAAAGACAAUGAUAACUACAUAAAUGUGAAAGAGUGGGUUAAAGGAUUAUCGGUGUUUCUUCGAGGGACUUUUGAAGAAAAGCUAAAGUUCUGUUUUGAAGUUUAUUGUUUGAAUGGUGAUGGUUACAUUUCUCGAGAGAAAAUAUUUGACAUGUUGAAGAACGGUCUACACCAGCAGUCACCUGAGGAGGCGAUUGAUGAAAGAAUAAAAGAGUUGGUAGAUAUAGCACUGAACAAAAUGGAUUAUGACAACGAUGGCAAGAUAUCUUUUUCAGACUUUGAAAAAGCAGUGAAAGAAGACAGACUUUUGCUGGAAGUGUUUGGACCAUGUUUCCCAGAAGCAAAGAAUUGUCUUGAUUUUGAAGCCCUGGCAUUCUAACACAUCCUGACUUCUAGUUUUUGAAUAUGAGUAACUCAAAAUUAUUAAAAUCAGAAACAGAUCCUGGUUGCCUAUCUUUAU